AUGAGUGACAACAGUAAGCACCAUGGCUCACAAGGGCCCGUGUCACCGCUGCUUCUCAACAACAAAACUAAGAAAGCGAUGGAGUCAAUUGCGCCUAUCUUAGAGGGUUUCAGUCCCAAGACUUCAGCGAGUGAAAACACAUCUUUGAAGUUGCCACCUCCUGGCAGUCCUCACGAGUCGCAUGUAGAUGACGAUAUAGGAUGCGACUUGGCUUUGAACAGAACUAUGAGCAUCAAUUCACAGCAGUCGUCGUCGUCGUCUAGACCAGGUUUGUCUCCUACGAAUUCUUAUGACAACGGCCACCCAGGAAACAUGCUUCAGAGAUUAAAGAGUAACUCAAACUUAAAUCCAAAUACUUCGGUCCCUGGUAGCUCCACUUCGGGUUCUCCCCAGGCUGCGGUUGACCAGAGCCAGAACAACGAUUCUGCAAUCGAAACCAGCACCGAGACAGCAACCAGUUCUGCUACAAGCUCAGCAGGUUCCUCCCGGAAACCUUCAGCAAAUCUUGGGAGACCGCAAUUGCCAAAGAUAGGCAAGAUCGGUGUUUGUGCUAUGGACGCAAAGGUACUGUCCAAGCCCUGCAGACAUAUCUUGAACCGCCUAAUUGAAAACGGUGAGUUCGAAACCAUAAUUUUUGGCGACAAGGUGAUCCUCGAUGAAAACAAAGAAAGCUGGCCUACUUGUGACUUUCUUGUCAGUUUCUUUUCCUCUGGAUUUCCCUUAAACAAGGCUAUCGAUUACGUGAAUUAUCGCAAACCCUUCUACAUCAAUGAUUUGGUUAUGCAAAAAGCCCUUUGGGACAGAAGACUUUGCCUCAAGCUUUUAGAUGUAUCUAAGGUUCCUACUCCUCCAAGGUUGGAGAUAAGCAGAGAUGGUGGACCUCGUGUCGAUGCCGCACUCAGAGCCAAGCUUUUAGAGCGCGGAGUUGAGAUUAAACCCUGCAAAGAGCCCGAUUGGCGAAUGGUUGAUGAUGAUACACUGGAGGUAAAAGGCGUCAAAAUGACUAAGCCAUAUGUGGAGAAGCCUGUAGAUGGCGAAGAUCACAAUAUUUACAUUUACUAUCAUUCGAAGAAUGGGGGUGGUGGUAGACGUUUGUUCAGAAAGGUUGGAAAUAAGAGUUCGGAAUAUGACCCUGCUUUAGUAAAUCCACGGACGGACGGAUCCUACAUUUAUGAGGAGUUCAUGGACACAGACAAUUUUGAAGACGUUAAAGCGUAUACUGUAGGAGAAUCUUUCUGUCACGCUGAAACGAGGAAGUCGCCGGUGGUGGACGGUAUUGUGCGCAGAAAUACCCACGGAAAGGAAAUCAGGUAUAUCACUGAGUUGAGUCCCGAGGAAAAGGAAAUCGCUAAACGGGUGACGAAGGUUUUCUCGCAGAUGAUCUGUGGGUUUGACUUACUUCGUGUUAACGGUAAAAGCUAUGUUAUUGACGUCAACGGAUUUUCAUUUGUCAAAGAUAAUACAGCUUACUACGAUGCAUGCGCUAAAAUUUUAAGAGACACUUUUGUACAGGCAAAGAAGCGAAUGGACCUAGAGAAACGCAACUUGCCCAUGAUAAAAGAGGAAAAGACUCAGAAAUGGGUCUUCAAGGGUCUAGUUACUGUUAUUAGGCACGCAGAUCGUACACCCAAGCAGAAGUUUAAGCAUUCGUUUAGAUCGCCAAUAUUCAUUUCGUUACUUAAAGGUCAUAAGGAAGAAGUCGUUAUCAGAAACGUUUCGGACUUGAAAGUUGUUCUGCAAGCUUUGACGAUAGCCCAGGAAGAAAAUACUGAAGAUCCAUUGAAGCUGAAAGUUUUGGCAAAUGCCUUAGGGAAGAAGAUGGACCUCCCGGGCACCAAAAUUCAACUGAAACCUAUUCUGAACUCAGAAAAGGAGGUCGAAAAAGUCCAAUUUAUCCUCAAGUGGGGUGGUGAGCCUACCCAUUCUGCACGUUACCAAGCUACUGAGUUAGGAGAGCAGAUGAGACAAGAUUUCGACUUGUUAAAUAAGAAAAUUCUCCCCAAUAUCAAAAUCUUCUCUUCAUCUGAAAGGAGGGUGUUGGCAUCUGCACAAUUAUGGGCAAUGGCUCUUUUUGGUGCAGAUGAACUGGGCAGCGAUGAGAUCAGCAUCAGAAAGGAUCUUUUGGACGAUAGCAAUGCCGCGAAAGACCUCAUGGAUAAGGUAAAAAAGCAGCUGAAGCCCUUACUGAGGGAGGGAAAAGAAGCCCCACCACAAUUUGCGUGGCCUGCAAAAAUGCCAGAGCCUUAUUUGGUCAUAAAACGCGUUGUUGAGUUGAUGAACUUUCACAAACACGUAAUGGACUACAACUUUGAGACAAAAGAUGUCGAAGAGAUGCAACGUAGAUGGUGCUGCCAAGAAGACCCUAUGCUUUUUAAGGAACGUUGGGACAAGCUAUUCAAAGAGUUUGUCAGCGUGGAAAAGGUCGAUCCAGCCAAAAUUUCAGAGCUGUACGAUACGAUGAAGUACGAUGCCCUGCACAAUCGGCAGUUUCUAGAACAUAUUUUUGCUUCAAAUGGCACUAGAGCCCGGGCGAAUGUGGAUUUGUGCAAAGACUCUUUGGUUGAUCGCUACCCUAUCAACAUUCUUGCUAUGAAUAACUUCAAAAUCCCUGACUCCAGUUCCCAAAGCGGAGGUAGCUCGAGCAAGGGGAGUAGUGUGGGCUCUUUAGGCUGGGUGUUGGACAGCACGUCAAACACAUCGCAGUCCUCGUCCCAAUUCGACGAUCCGAAAUUCAUGCAAUUACGAGAGCUUUACAAACUUUCAAAAGUCCUGUUCGAUUUCAUUUGUCCUCAAGAGUAUGGUAUUGAGGAUGGUGAAAAACUAGACAUUGGCCUUCUGACUUCAUUGCCGUUAGCAAAACAGAUUCUCAAUGAUAUAGAUGGUAUGAAGUCCAAGGAUGAGCCUGCAUGCGUCGCAUACUUCACCAAGGAAUCGCACAUUUACACUUUGCUCAACAUCAUAUACGAGAGUGGUCUUCCAAUGCGGAUAGCGCGCAACGCGCUUCCAGAGUUGGACUAUCUGUCGCAGAUCAAUUUUGAGCUUUACGAAAGUACUGACAACUCUGGUCAAAAAUCGCACGCCAUAAGACUCAAGAUGUCUCCAGGCUGUCACACACAAGACCCCUUGGAGGUUCAGCUUGACGAAAAGCACUACAUCAGUUGCAUCCCAAAGAUCUCGCUUACAAAGCACUUGGACAUGGACUAUGUGUCUCAAAAAUUGAGAAAUAAGUUCAGCAGAGUCAUACUUCCUCAGAAGUUUACCCCUGUUAAUAUUACUAGUCCUAAUUUGUCGUUUCACAGAUCCCCUUCCCACGAAUCAUCUCUUUCUGGCAAAAAAUGA